AUGGCUGUCGACGCAAUGGAUCUGGACAGUUCCCCCGUGGCGACCACGGACGUGGAGCGCAAACGCAAGCACAAGAACAAGGACGCUUCGCCCUCGAAGAAGCGCAAGCAGACCGAGCUCGGUGAAAAGAAGAGCAAGAAGGAGAAAUCUAGCAAGGCGACUGGCACCAGCAGCGCUACGACCACUACCGAGUCAUCAGGUUCACCAUUCUCCCUAAUCACCGCUACGAUGUAUCUCCCACUAUCGCCAAUCUCUAUCUCGCCCACUCACGCCUUGGCCUCGCUGCUCGCAGAGCACCUCUCCCCACUGCUAUUGACCUACUACCCCCCACUGAAGGGAAUCGUCAUGGCCUACUCCAACGCCUCAAUCUCCAGCACCAAACCCUCAUCCAAACCCCGCCCAUCUUCAGACCCGAACCCGAACCCGCAGCCUCUGACACUGGCCCGCACCGCAGACGAGUACGGCGUGCUGUACGUCUACCUGACAGCAACCUUCCUCGUCUUCCGACCGCAGCGCGGCCACAUUCUCGAAGGAAGCGUGAACGUGCAGUCAGAGGGAUUCCUCGGCGCCGUCAUGUUCAACCUUUUCUCCGUCGGUAUCGAGCGCAAGCGACUACCGCCUUCUUGGCGCUGGGUCCAACCCGGCGAGGAAGGUGAGAAUAACGACCCUACAACCAGUACCGGCACAACAGACGACGAGUCCGGGUCCGGUACCGAGGGUGUUCCUGCGAACUUCGACAUCGAGAAAGAACUCUUCCAGCCGACUGCUCUUGCGGCGGAAGAAUUGGAGCUCGAAGAUGGCGAGGACGAGGAUGAAGCGACGGGCCAUUUCCAGUCUGUCUCUGGACACCGUGUGCGCGGUAAUGUGAAGUUCCGCGUCGUUGAUGUCGAUGUUAUUCCUGGGUCGGAUCGGGAUCGUGGCUUUUUGAGUGUUGAGGGUACGAUGUUGUCUGUUGAGGAUGAGGAGAAGCUUUUGCUUGCAGAGCGAGAGGGUCAGUCGCUUCCUCCAGCUUUCUUGUCUACGUCUGCGGCUGCGGCUAAGAGGUCGAAUCGGGUUGUUCCGAUUUCGAUUGAACCUGCUGCGGAGGCGGUUGUUUCUACGGUUGAUGUUCAUUUGGAUCAUGAGGUGGAUGAGGCCGAGGAGGAGAAGCCUAAGAAGGAGAAGAAAGAAAAGAAGGAGAAGAAGGAGAAAAAGGAGAAGAGUGAGGACAAGGAUAAGUCUAAGCGGGAUAAGUCGAAGCACAGCAAGAAGAAGAGCAAGGAGUGA